UUCGUCAACAAAUCGACGCAGUGGUCUCCUCUCGAGCGACUCUCGGAGAUUUCCAAUUCAACACCCUUCUCAUCCACCAACACGAACGGGCACAGGAUGGACGAGAAGAGCAGCCUUCCGGCACACCGAGAGUCCCCCGCCCCCACUUCCGGGAGGCCGCGAUGGCGGCGACAGAAACCGCGAAGAUCCAGCGCACUGCGCUUCUUGGCGCUGGGCUGUUUGUGUUUCAUCGCAUUCGCCCAGUGGAAGCAGCUGUCGCACCGGCCGCUGCCGCCCAGAAACCCGGACAUCACGCUGCACGGCCUCUCGGUCAAGCGGUUGCAGGACGAUCUGGCCACCUGUGCGAAACUGCGCAAGACUCCGCAGGACCCCAUCGGCCUCGGCCGGGAGCGCAACGCACGCUACAUCGACGGCCAUGCGCCGACACUCAUCAAGAACGCGACCGUGUGGGUCGGCGAACCGGCCCCGGGCACUCCCCCGGAUGCAGCACGGAAGGGGGCCGGUUACAGCUGGAUCAAGGCCGACGUGUACCUGGAGCACGGGCUGAUCAAGCGCGUCGAGGACAACAUCGAACUCUUCACGGUCGCCUGGGACACCGAGGUUUACGACGCCAAGGGACGCCCCCUGACCGCGGGCAUCAUCGACAUGCACAGCCACGCCGGUGUCGACUCGCUCCCCAGCCUCCGGGGGAACGAGGACACCAACGAGAUGGCGUCCGACAUCACGCCGUACGUCCGGUCCAUCGACGGCAUCCUGCCUCUGGACCACCAGAUCCAGGUCAUCAAGUCGGGCGGCGUCACCACCAGCCUGGUCCUGCCCGGAUCCGCCAAUAACAUGGGCGGCGAGGCAUACGUCAUCAAGCACGCUGUGGGCAGGCCGGACGGGCGCAACGAGACCAGCGCCGCCGACAUGCUGGCCGACCCGGACCGCAACUGGCGCUUCAUGAAGAUGGCCUGCGGCGAGAACCCCAAGCGCGUCUACGGCGACCCGGGCAAGCAGGGACCCACCAGCCGUCUCGGCGAGAGCUGGGAGUUCCGCCACGCCUUCGAGCAGGCCGCCAAGCUGGUCCGGGAGCAGGACGACUGGUGCGACGCCGCCGCCGCCCGCGGCGUCCACCACAUGAAGUCCUACCUGCCCCAGGAGCUCCGCUGGGAGUCGCUCGGAGCCCUGCUGCGCGACCAGGUCAGGUUGAACACGCACUGUUACACCAUUCCCGACCUCGAGGCCUUUGUGGACCACACCAACGAGUUCAAGUUCAAAGUCCGAGCCUUUCAUCACGCUCACCAGACAUACCUGGUCCCGGAAAUCCUUAAGCGGGCGUACGGACGGGAGCCUCCAGCCUCCGCCUUGUUUGCGGACAACAUGUGGUACAAGGCCGAGGCAAACACGGCAUCCGAGUACGCCGGCAAGAUCCUUUACGACAACGGCUUGACGCCCAUCUACGUCAGCGACAACCCGGUCCUCAAUGCUCAACAUGUAGUGUUUGAGGCUGCCAAGGCGUACAAGUACGGCCUGCCAUACCAUGCUGCGUUAGCCUCUGUGACCACGGCCCCUGCCGAGCGGCUCGGGUUCGGCAACAGGCUGGGCAAGGUUAAGCCGGGCUUUGAUGCCGACGUCGUCGUCUGGGAUAGUGAUCCCCUCAGCGUGGGUGCCGCUCCCGUGCAGAUCUGGAUCGACGGGACGGCCCAAUACGAAGACCCAGUGGAGCUGAAGAAGCCGGCUCCCGAACCGAUCGUCCCCGACGAGAGCCUCUCCAAGAUCCCGGAAGGUCCAGUAGCCAUGGAUGAGGUCAUCUUCACCGGCGUCUCCAAGGUCUUGCUCAACAAAAACGUCGAGUCUUUAUCUGCCAACAAUAUCGUCGUCGUGUCCAAGGGCAAGGUGACGUGCAUUGGCGCUUGCGAGUCCGAGCUGCGAGCCGCCGCCGAAUCCAACACGCCGGUCGUCAAGCUGAAAAACGGCUACCUUACCGAGUCCUUCACCGUCUUCGGUUCCAAGAUCGGCCUGAACGCCGUUGACGCCGAGAGCGCGACCGACAACGGCGCCAGCGGCAGCGCCUUCACCCGCGCCGAGGAUGGUCUCGCGCUCGACACCCAAAAGACCAACGUGUCGUACGCCUACGGCGUCACCAAGGCCAUCUCGGCCCCGAAGCUGAGCGGUCAGGACACCAACCACGGCACCAGCGUCGGCUUCCUCACUGGCGCACUUACCCCGCUCUCCGAACACGCCGUCUUCGCGUCAGACGCCGCCGUGCACUACACCCUCACCCCGUCCGUCAAGUCCGCCUCGCUGCCGGACGUGUCCUCCAUCUCGGCCGCCGUCGCCGCUCUCCGGCGCAAGCUCCUCGCUGCCGCCGUCGCCGCCCGCGCCGCGGCCCCCGUAGACGACCGGUACUCGGAAGACGCCUACCUGCGCCGCGUCGUCAACGGCUCGCUGCCGCUGGUGGUCACGGUCCACUCGGCCGACACCAUAGCGGCCCUGCUCAAGGUCAAAGCGGCCGUCGAGAAGGAGUUGGAGGAGCAAAAGGAAGGGGCGCCGGCGCGCCGGCUGCGCCUGGUCAUCCACGGCGGCGCCGAGGCGCACCUGCUGGCGCGGGAGCUGGCCGAGGCCCAGGUUGGCGUCGUACUGGCGCCGCUGCUGUCGUACGCGGCCUCGUGGGACCAGCGGCGGGCGCUGACGGGCGCGCCGCUGACGCGCGGGACCGCUGCGGACAGGCUGCUCGACGCCGGCGUGCCGACCGCCGUCGGCCCGGACGAGGACUGGGUCGUCCGCGACCUCGGCCUGCUGGCGGGCAUCGUGUGGAAGAACGGCGAGGGCCGCGUCGACGAGCGCGCCGCCCUCCGCCUCGUCGGCGCCAACCUGUAUGACCUCCUCGGCCUCGAGGAGCCCGGAGUCGACCAGGGCCACUUUGUCGUCUGGGAGGGCAGCCCGUUGGAGAUCGACGGGCGGCUGAAGGCUGUCGGUGGGGGUAGGGGUUGGGUUGACGUUUGGGAGUGAAAGGUUCAAAGUUGGUUUUGGUCUGAUCCUAAUUACGGCACAAAGCCGGCGAUGGCUCAUUUAAUUACCAUAAUCAAUCAAUCUACCAGCACUGGUGUGUGGUAUAUUUUGUUGCUUGAAAGGUCGACGGUUCUCCCCCACAACACAAAAGAUGGCCCACAGGCCCCAAUAAAUCCC